ACUUGAGAAAUGCAGUGAAAUUGAAAUCGAGUAGAAGCAGAGAUGGUGGUAAGGAAGGUGGGCAAGUAUGAAUUAGGUAGAACAAUCGGCGAAGGUACCUUCGCUAAAGUCAAGUUCGCUCAGAACACAGAGACCGGUGAGAGCGUCGCCAUGAAAAUCGUGGAUCGUAGUACCAUCAUCAAACGCAAGAUGGUUGAUCAGAUUAAGAGAGAGAUCUCGAUUAUGAAGCUUGUUCGUCAUCCUUGUGUUGUUCGUCUUUAUGAGGUUCUAGCAAGCCGUACAAAGAUUUAUAUCAUCCUGGAGUACAUUACUGGUGGUGAACUGUUUGAUAAGAUUGUUCGUAAUGGACGACUUGGUGAAUCCGAAGCUAGGAAAUACUUUCAACAGCUUAUUGAUGGAGUUGAUUACUGCCAUAGUAAAGGUGUCUACCACAGAGAUCUAAAGCCAGAAAAUCUUUUGCUGGAUUCUCAAGGAAAUCUCAAGAUAUCUGAUUUUGGCCUCAGUGCAUUACCUGAACAAGGAGUUACCAUCCUUAAGACAACAUGUGGAACUCCCAAUUACGUUGCUCCUGAGGUUCUCAGUCACAAGGGUUACAAUGGUGCCGUGGCAGAUGUCUGGUCCUGUGGGGUCAUCCUUUAUAUCGACAAAGCUGAGUUCGCUUGCCCCUCAUAUUUUGCCUUGGGAGCAAAGUCCUUGAUUAAUAGAAUUUUGGAUCCAAAUCCUGAAACUCGAAUUACAAUUGCAGAAAUCAGGAAAGAUGAGUGGUUUUUAAAGGAUUACACUCCUGUACAACUUAUCGAUUACGAACAUGUAAACCUGGAUGAUGUAUAUGCUGCUUUUGAUGAUCCAGAGGAACAUACAUAUGCACAGGAUGGAACAGGGGACACGGGUCCACUGACUCUAAAUGCGUUUGACCUAAUUAUUCUAUCUCAGGGCCUGAACCUCGCAACUCUUUUUGACCGUGGAAAGGACUCCAUGAAGCACCAGACAAGGUUCAUCUCACACAAGCCAGCAAACGUGGUUCUCUCAAGCAUGGAAGUUGUGUCGCAGUCUAUGGGCUUUAAGACACACAUUCGUAAUUACAAGAUGAGAGUCGAAGGAUUAUCUGCAAAUAAGACGUCUCAUUUCUCCGUCAUUCUAGAAGUUUUCAAAGUUGCACCAUCAAUUCUCAUGGUAGACAUUCAAAAUGCAGCAGGAGACGCAGAAGAAUACCUCAAGUUCUAUAAGACUUUUUGUAGUAAGCUUGAUGACAUCAUUUGGAAGCCGCCAGAUGCAUCUAUGAAAAAUCGAGUCACCAAGGCCAAGAGUAAAAGACGUUGAAUUCAUGUGUGUUAUUUCAAGCAGUGCUUUCACAGAAGACAGUUAGAAACAAUAUUUAACUCCCUUGUGUUGCUUUAGUCGAGUGAAUAUGUACAAGCUUGUUGAUUUGGGUUUAAUUUAUGAAUACAUAGAAGAUUGUACU